CGGUCUCGUCGUAAACUCGGAAGCCGGCCAUGAGGUUAUUGAUGUUUGUACUGCUGUAAAGUGGUAAAGGCCGGUCCUGUUAUUUUCCCCCCUUUGCAGACGUUUUUCCUCCCCGAUUUGCACGAUUUCACCCUUUCGGGGGUCGGUUUUCAUCAGUGAUCAACGUACCGGACGGGCACCGAAGAUGGACCUGCCCAAGGCUCCUCAGGACAUAGAAUUGAGGAACAUAAUCGACAAGCUGGCUCAGUUUGUCGCGAGGAAUGGCCCAGAGUUUGAGCAGAUGACAAAAAACAAGCAGAAGGGUAAUCCAAAGUUUGGCUUUCUCUUCGGCGGAGAGUAUUUCAACUAUUACCAGUAUAAAGUCACUACAGAACAAGCUAGGAUUCAUCAACAGCAGCAGCAGCAGCCACCACAGAACCUCUCGCUGAAUAGCCCUCAAGGCCAGGUGAAUUUUGUGGCGCAGUGGUUAGUCCAGCAGCAGCAGCAGCAGCAGAAUGUCGGCCCGGCCAUGGGUAGUUUCAUGCCGCCAUUGACGGUCGAGGCUAUCACGCAGCAACAGCAGGCAUUACACGAACAGACAACGCAAUCCGAGCAGAACCUCAAUGCCCAGCACAUGGUUUUGAUGCAGCAGCAGGAGGCACAGGUUGAAGAGGCAAUACGUAAAAGGGAGGUGGACAUCGUCAACAGGGAGGCCGACGAGCUCGGUGUCAACCUGAAAGACUUUGAUGCGAUACUCCAACCUAUAAUCGACUCCUGCACCAAAGACUCAAUUUCGACGGGCAAAGCGUGGAUCCUCCAGAGGGCGACUUCAAAAAGCAUCAAUGACCUUUUGACGCGUUACUUGCUUUACAAGGUGCUCGAGCCAGAUCGAAAGUUCAGCCAUAAACUACAUCUCAUCUACCUAGUCAAUGACAUACUCCACCAUUGCGUUAGGAAGCAUAUUGAAGAUUUCAAGCUCGCCCUUGAACAAGUCGUCAUACCCAUGUUCUGCAACGCUUCCUUAUCAGUCACUGACGAACAGCAGAUGAAACUCAGCAAGCUUUUGACGAUUUGGGAGUCAAAGAAUCAUUAUUUCAACGAGGAGAUAGUGUCGCAGUUGAAAGACCCGACAAACAGCUGGGCGAAGUACAAACAGCAACGGCUGACGGACAAUGCUGAAAUCGUCGAGGCGAUUGCGUCGCAGACGAAAGUCGCACUCACCACUUUCCAGUCGCAGCACCUUGCCUUCAUCUCGCAUGCCCACCGUCAGAUACAAACUUUAGAGCAGCAAAAGCAGCAGCUGGAAGCGCAGAAGCAGCAGGAGGCAGUCGCCGCAGCAAUCAACUCGCAGGACUUCAAAGUGGACGAAUUCAACACGACUGCCGCCAACGUCCUUCCCCCAUUGCCAGCCCAGGAGAGUGAAAGGGAACUAAUGAAUCCUCAGCCUCCACAGCCGCCAUCAAGCCAGCCGCCACCGUUCGACAUAGUCAUCAACAUAAACCAGCCUCCACCCGGUUUCCACUUCCCUCCUCAACCGUCUGCAGGUGAUAUUGAACUGCCGGAUCUGACACGGCCACCUCCUGGUUUCCCACCAGUCCAGCCAGAGAUCCAGCCUGAAGACCUGCUCCCGUCGCUGCCGUAUUACGACCUCCCCGCUGGCCUAAUGGUCCCAUUGAUAAAGCUUGAGGAUUUCAAUUAUAAACCGCUCGACCCAGAUGCGAUACGGCUCCCACCCCCAGUACCACCAAGCGACAGGCUUCUCGCUGCCGUCAAGGCAUUCUACUCACCGCCAGGGCACGAACAACCACGUGAUGGCUCAAACCAGUCAAGGACAAUCUGUAGGGGCGAAAAUGUUGAUUGUGACGGCUGGGAGAAGUUAGGCCUUUAUGAGUACUUCAGGGCAAAAGCUGCGGCCAAGAAGCAAAAAGAACUGGAUAUAGAAAGCGGCCAUAGGCAGCCUUCGAGGUCGCCGAGCCCGGUGAAAAGCUUCCAGGAGAAUGCAAGGACACCGCCGCCCAAAAAACGCUACAGCAGCCGUAGUCGGAGUCGUUCGAAGGAGAGGGAACGCACCAAGCCAAGGAGGUCAAGGAGAGAGCGUUCACGUUCACCACACCAGAGGAAUGAGCGUAACGAUGAAAACACACCGGUGCGUGACAACAGGAGCCCGACGCCACCUUCUUUCCUCGGUAUUGGUUCUUAUCAGGCACCGGUACUUGAAGAUAGGCUGUCUGAGGCGAACAAGGGCCACCAAAUGCUUAAGAAGAUGGGCUGGUCAGGCGCCGGACUCGGCGUUAAGGAGCAAGGGAUUGAACAGCCAAUAUCCGGUGGGGAUGUGCGCGACCGCUCCGACCAGUACAAAGGAGUCGGAGUCAACCUCAACGACCCAUACGAGAAUUUCAGGAAGAGCAAGGGGAAAGCGUUUAUCACAAGGAUGAAGGCACGGGCCGAGGAAAGGUCUUAGCAAAAGGCCGACGAAUCGCAUUCGCCCGAUCCGAAAAAAUAAGGGAUUUUUUGACAAAUUGAGAUGUUUCUUUUCUCAUUUUCUUUUUUUUUUACGGAUCAAUUGCAACAUAAAACCAUGAUUGUAAAUAAAGAAAUAACCCUCAUAGUUAUGAUUAUUAUUAUUAUUAUUUAAAUAAAUUUUUUAAAAUUA